CUCUCUCUCUCUCUCUCUUUCUCUUUCUCUUUCUCUCUACACAUCCUCUCUCCCUAUAGAUCCGUCUAGUAAAAUUCUUUAUAGAUCUCGUGAGUUUAAGCGAAGAUGGAGUCGACGGCGUCGUACUGGUGCCACAGAUGUACUCGAUUCGUCCGCGUCUGGUCCGAGGAGAGCCUAGUUUGUCCCCACUGCGACAGCGGAUUCAUCGAGGCGGUCACCGCCGCCCCGCCGCCGUCGGACUCUCCCCGCCCCUUCCCCGCCGCGGCCAUGUACAUGAUCGGCCCCACCCGGCCCGAUCCGGAUCGGGCGUCGAACCUCCGAUCCCGCCGGCAGCGGCGGAACCACGGCGACCGGUCGCCGUUCAAUCCAGUCAUCGUUCUGCGCGGUCCUGCUGAUGAAUCUAGAGACGACGACGGCGGCGAAGGCGGUGGCGGCGGAGAGAGGAGGAGCUUCGAGCUGUACUACAACGACGGCGCCGGAUCCGGUCUCCGGCCGCUCCCGGCGGCCAUGUCGGAGUUUCUGAUGGGGUCGGGGUUCGACAGGUUACUGGAUCAGCUGUCGCAGAUCGAAAUCAACGGGUUGGGCCGCCACGAGCAGCCGCCGGCGUCGAAGUCCGCCGUGGAGUCGAUGCCGACGGUGGAGAUCGUCGCCGGGCACGUGACCUCCGACUCGCACUGCGCCGUGUGCAAGGAGGCCUUCGUGAUAGGCUCGGAGGCCCGGGAGAUGCCGUGCAAGCACAUAUACCACUCCGACUGCAUCCUCCCCUGGCUCUCGCUCCGCAACUCGUGCCCCGUCUGCCGCCACGAGCUCCCCGCGGAGUCCGCAUCGAGUUUAGACCUCGAUAACGGAGACGAGGAGACGGUUGGGCUGACCAUAUGGAGGCUGCCGGGCGGGGGGUUUGCUGUGGGGAGGUUUACCGGGGGUAGGAGGGCCGGGGAGAGGGAGAUUCCGGCCGUGUUCACGGAGAUGGACGGGGGGUUUAAUAGUAAUAGUGGCGGUGGGGCGAGGAGGAUUGCCUGGGGGCCGGGGAGGGGGAGAGGGAGAGAGGGGAACGGUGGGGGUGGGGUGGGGAGGGUUUUUCGUAAUUUGUUCUCGUUUAUUGGGCGGUUAGGGAAUUCCAAUUCCAGGCCUGGUCGGUCUGGUGGCGAUUCGCAAUCCGUGUCCUCGAUUAGGAGGAGCCGGAGUCAUUCUUCGGGGUCUGUUUUCAAUAGGUACUUUAGACGGCGGAAUAGGGCUUGGGUGUUGGGAGAAGAGAAUGGAAUGGCAAGGUGGUGAUUAACAGUCUUCAGGAGAAUCAGGCGAAUGAAAGAGAAAGGUUGAUUCUUUUGGAGAGGUGACUGUGUAAAUAGCACUAUGACACGCGUAAGGAUUGGGUUCUAGCUAGUAUGGUGGGAGAAGAAAUGGUUCAUCUUUUAUGCAAUGGGAGCGGCACAGAUUAGAUACUGAAUUUCCAUUUCAUUGGAGGUUGUCAUCGAAGUUACUCCAGAUGGGUCGAAUUCACUCAAAUUAGAUUGUUUGGGCAAGUGGGUGAAAUCCAGUUGGCAUUGAAGUGGAUGUAAGCAACAAUUAAGUAGUCCGGGCUGUUGGAAUUGGGAGGAUUUUGCGAAGCAUGAAUCUGUUUCUUGUAUUUUUGGUCAAUGGAAUAUUUGUUGGUUCCUUUCUCUGUAAUUCUUUUGUUAGUUUCGUUUAUGUGUAUUAAAGGGCAGAAAUUUUACUACUAUGUAAUUGGGAUUCAUUUAUGAAGCUUGUCUGAGUAA